GUAGGUGCAUGGAAAGCCAUACGCAAAGAAUUCCCUACAGCUACCAUCAAAGGUUGUGCCUUCCACUUUGGCCAAGCAGUGUGUCGUAAGACACAAGAGUUGGGCCUCAAGACCACGUACACCAGCAGGGGUGCUGAAUAUCGAUACAUCCGUUCGCUGAUGACACUUCCCUUUUUACCAGCUGCAGACAUCCAGCCAGCUUUCGACAAACUAUCACCAAGGGCUACAUCUCCAGAGCUGCAGCAACUAGUCAGAUAUGUGGACAACACAUGGCUUUGCAACACCGUUUGGCAUCCACGCAACUGGAAUAUCUUUCAAACCAGCAUCAGGACCAACAAUGAUGUUGAAGGUUGGCACACAAGAAUCAACUCUGACAUCGGGAAAGCUAAUGCCGCCUUCUACAUCUUAGUACCAGCACUUCAUCGUGAAGCCAAGCUUGUGUCUCUUACAGUCCGCUUAGUUUCUGAAGAACAGGUCCUCAGGAACCAACGCACACGCUACAAGGAGCUGGAAGGUCGUCUUCAUAAGUUAUGGGACCAGUACACAGAAGGUGAUAUCACAGCAUCCCGUCUACUUCGUGAUUGUGGCAACAUCUACGGUCCGUCCAAUGACUAGCUGUUAAUUGCUCCUGCCGAUGUUUAUACUCGUCUUGCCUUGACAAUAACAUUCAUUUUUGCAUGUUAUCUCAGAUAUGACUCAGAAUUCUGUAUGUGCUAUGUAUGUUUUGUAUGUUUUGUAUGUGCUAUGUGUGUUUUAAAUGUGCUAUGUAUGCUUUAAGUGUGCUUUUACAAUGACCAUUCAUAUCUGCAUGCUUUCAGUCUUAUAGAUGAUGACAAAAUACCUUUGAUUUUAAAAUGUGCUUGUGUUUUAUA